AUGGACAUUGGUGAUGGUGACGAUGACGAGGUGGUUUGUUGUAACUGUUGCAAUAAAGGUGAUCUUGGAGUUCCUAUUGUUGAUGUGGAUGAAUCGGAUCUAAUUGAUUCUUCACGUUUGAAAUUGACGAUGAGAGACUUGAAAAAGCGUCCAAUAUAG